UAUAUAUAUAUAUACACACCCUGCACUACACCACUGCUUUAACCUACACUUUAUAAACAAUAGCUUAAGUAAAUAUUUCGCCAAAUCUUAACUUGUAAACCGGUUAAAAAAUUAAAAAGAAAGGAAAGUUUAAAUCUUUGGACAUUGUUUUAUUUCUAAAAAAAAAAAAAAGAAAUGCGGCGCGCCUUACGCGUGUAGGUAGGCUAUAACUGUUGAGGUAAAAUAAAAAUAUUUGUUUAAACUUAAUCAUUCUAUGAUCGUAUUUACUUUUCUUUCUUAAACUCCGCUGUUCAUUGUGCAUAAAUUCUGACUAUGAAGCUUUAAGCUCGAUUUCUGGCCACCUCACAUGAACAGCAGCUCAUGCAGAUGUCCCUUUAUUUAAGAAAUAGAUCUCAAAUUGACUAGAUUGAUUUUGUCCCCUUUUUGUAUUUAAUAGUGGGUCGGAUGGCAGCUCUUUUAAUGUGCAAAUUAAAGCGGUGAUAGAGAACCAAUGAGGACAGACUCCUAAAUUCAGUUCAGACACUCAGCUGACACAGGCUACGUCACCGCUGGGUUUACCCAAUCACAUCGGAAUGAGCCCCUCUACUUUCGCGGACACACUCUCAAAGUUUUGACUUUUUGCUGCAAAAGACAGCAGGUUGAUGAAAAUGUUUUAUUAUCUUCCAGAUCUUCAUGUGAACUACCCGGAAAGACUGUCUUUUUAUUUAUAGAUUUCCAAACACUGAAUAGGCAGCUUUAUUUUCUGGCUUUGAAUGGACGGUGCUCUGUUAGAUCAUGCAAUAUUUUUAUGCUUUCCAAGAUCUUAAAGAAGGGAAUGGAUUUUGCGAGAGGAAAUGGGCAUGAAGCUUCAGCACAACUGACUGGGAAUUUUUAGAAAAAAUAGCCUUUAUUCUCUUAAGGCUUGAGGUUGCACUGUAUUUUUUUAAACUGCUUAUCCAUUUUUCUUUAAUUUUUUGCGCUUAUUUUCACGCUAACGAAACAAGCGUGUUUAUUUAGAUUUUGGUCGGCUUCAAUUUAUUUGCGAAAUAUUUAAAGUUGUAGUGUUUUGGUUAUGUUAGCGGUGGGUCAAAUGGACGGGUCUCGCCAGAGCGCUUUCCUACUCAACACCCCACCUUUAGCCGCUUUACACAGUAUGACCGAAAUGAAGACACCACUUUACCCAGCCUACCCGUUAUCUUCCACUGCACCAUCAUCCACCUCACCGACUGCUACCUCCCCUAAUCCAGGUGGAAUCCCAGUUUCUUCCCCGGGAAUCAAAUCGUCAAGUGGACUUUCAACUUUCGUAUCGCCUCAUCACCAAUGUGCGGUCGCCACACCUCACGGAAUAAACGACAUCCUGAGCAGACCCGCGGUGGUCGCAUCCGGAGCGGCGACUGCCGUCGCAGCAUCCUCACCCGCUGGGAUCUUGUCUGGACUGACCCGUUUCAGCAGCCUGAGUCCCCCACCUCCUCCGGGGCUGUAUUUCAGCCCUGGUGCCGCGGCAGUGGCGGUAGCUCGCUAUCCGAAACCUCUGACAGAUCUUCCGGGCAGAACCCCAAUAUUCUGGCCUGGAGUUAUGCAGAGCCCACACUGGAGAGACGCCAGAUUUGCAUGCUCCCCACAUCAAAACUCAGUGCUGUUGGACAAAGAUGGGAAAAGGAAACACACACGACCAACGUUUUCCGGGCAGCAAAUUUUCGCUCUGGAAAAAACAUUUGAGCAAACGAAAUAUUUAGCUGGACCAGAAAGAGCGCGCUUGGCCUACUCUUUAGGAAUGACAGAGAGCCAAGUGAAGGUUUGGUUUCAAAAUCGAAGAACAAAAUGGAGAAAGCGGCACGCGGCUGAAAUGGCAACGGCGAAGAAAAAACAAGAUUCAGAGACCGAAAGGCUUAAAGGGGCCUCGGAAAAUGAAGAAGACGACGACGAUUACAACAAACCUUUAGACCCAAACUCAGACGAUGAGAAAAUAACUCAGUUACUGAAAAAACACAAGCCAAACUCAGCUCUUAUAAUUCACACGUCGGAAAACGAAAGCUCGUAAAAUGGAAACGGGAAAUGGGUUGUCAUUUGAGACGAAAUUUCUCAAGAGGUGUCAAAAUGAUGUAGGCUACUGUUUUUCACAAUGUUUGAGCUCUGGUUUGAAUGGAAGGAUGUGAAUCAGAGGAAUAUGCACUAUCGGUGGAGCUGAACGUGCAUCAGUGUCUGGAACAGACACGUUUCAUCAUAAAGACAACGGUACUUUUUUGUAAAUUAACUGCGUGAGUUGUAUCUCAUAGGAAUUAUAUAACUGUGAAUAUUUAUGUGUAAAAUAUUUUGAAUAGCAAACAUGGCAAAAUUCGUUCACACUGCUUCAGUUUAAUUUUGGUUCAGGCUUUGUAAUUUGUAUUCUCAUAUAAUUAAUUUGUUUAAGUUGCUUAUCAUCCUGAGCUAAAUUUAGGAUGGAUGUAAGCCUCAUUGGCCCUUAAAAUAAUCAACCACGAAAAUAUAGAAUAAUUUCAGAAUUUACCAUUAAUAGGAAAAGACAUCCGAGCGUCAUUUACAGCCUAAUUUUAGGCUCAAAGAAUUGAUCUGGCCAUAACAAGUGUAAAUAAACACCUAACCAUAUAUUGUAAUAUAAUGCAGUGUUCGUCUCCCAAUGUUAGGAUGUUCCUUUAAUUUUUUCACGAUUAAUUUAUGAUAUUUUACGUUUGUAACAGUGUUUGAAUCCUGCAAAAUGCGCCUUGCAGGUUCCUGUGUAUUGCACUUUUAUUUAAUAAAAUGUUAAA